AUGCCAAAUCGUCAUAUACUCUAUGAAGAUGAAUUGAAGUUAAAACAACGUCAACUUGAAAGUACCUUACAAACUGUUGCAAAAACAUUAUAUUAUGAUCGUAAACUUCAUCCAAGUAUUCGUAAGCUAAUACGAGCAAAUGAUUCGAAUUUAUGUCCAAUUCGAGAUAUCGAACAAACGUCAUCGACCCACGAAUAUAUGACAUCAUGUAUGGCUGAUUUGGGUAAAACACGUUCGGGUGAGAUUGCAUUGGGUUUGGCAAAUAAACCAAUUUAUGAAAACGACGAUGAUAAAGAUAAAUAUAUGAUACAUGUUUUACCAAUGUACGAUGUUGAUAUCUACAAAAUGAGAGAUCGUCAAAUAGUCAGACAUUAUGAAGAAUUUCUUCGACAAGAGGUAAAAAAUGUAUCGUCCGUUGAUGAUGUCCUACAUCACUGGCGUCCAAUAAAAAUUUUUACAAAUAAAAAGGAUGAAAAAUUAGUUACUAUUGGUUAUCACGAUGGAAAACAUGAAAAUGAGAAUCCAAAACAACGUUUAUUUGAUUAUUUUGAUAAUGGACCGGGUAAAGAAUGCAAAAUUGAUUAUCUAUUGUAUGAGAAAAGAAAUCAACGAUGGCCUAUGAUUAUUGACAGUGCUAAAUAUGAAUUGAUAAUUGGUAGUGAAACAAAACCAUUUUAUCAUCAAUUAUUUGGAAUGAAGUAUCAUGUCGAUAUUAACUCAUUUGGAAUAAGAAAUAUUCCAUCGUACGAAACAAUCUAUGCUGAAGCAUUAAAACUGUGUAAUUUAGAACCAGCAUCAUCUAUAUUUUUACACUAUUUUUGUGAUAUAGGUGUGUUACCAAUUUUAGCUAGUCAAAAUGUGAAAGAAUGUUACGCAUAUGAUCCGAAUAAUAGUGCAAUUCAAACAUGCCUUUUAAAUCAAAAAUUGUAUCCUCACACUAAUGAAAUAAAAUUUGACUUAUGUCGUUCACAUGAGAAUCUCAAAGAAAAACUUGACAAUAUUGUAAAAACCUUAACAAAAGGAACAUCAUUAACAUGUGUUUUUGGACCACCAAGAAUGGGUGUGGAUCGAGCAACUCUUAAACAAAUACACCAUAUGGCUAGUGUUUUACGUCAAUGUGAAAGUGUCGAUCGUCUAAUUGUCAUUUUAAAGAAUCUUAAUUCACCCACUUUACAUCUAUUAUAUACUUUGUCUGGUGGUGAAAGUAAUGCUCAAAAAAUUUAUGGUCAUCCAUUUAAACCUGUGCUCUGUAUUCCUUUUGAUUCAAAUGCAAGAACGGGACAUCUUCCCGAUAUCUGUUUAAAACAAUUUUCAUUAAAAUUUUGUUUCAAUUAUUUCUGUGAAUUUUAUCCAUCAAUGACAUCAAGGUUAAAAAUGCAAAAGAAAUUAUUACAAAUAUUUUUAUUAAUUCCCAAACUUUUUAAACAAUAUGCUAUUUAUGAUGUGAAAAGGAAUUCAUUCAAUUUUAAGAAAUUACUUCGAAGAAAAAAACGAUUUUUAUUUUCAUCAGAAUUUGAUGCUAAUUCAUUGAAAGACAUUAUAAAUGGAUUUGAACAGUCUAACUAUGACAUUGAUUAUUAUGAUAAUGGUAAAGAGACUGAGUCACAAGUCACCAUUAUAGCCCAACGAAAAACAACUGAAAAAAAACGAAAGAAAACUACAAAAUCGACCACAAUCAAAGCUAUUGUACGAUCAAAACAUUCGUCUGAUACCGUAUUCAUUAUCAUUAUUAUUGUUGUACUGUUAGUUGCUAUAUUUCUUCCUAUUAUAAUUGGUGGAUACAUUUUCUAUCUGAAUUGGAGUAGACAAGGACGAAUUUGUAAACUAGUUCCUAUUGAAUUUCUCGCAAAAGACUCCAUCAGUGAAUUGACACCGUCGACAAGCACGCAGUCAUCAAUAAUAAAAACAGUAAUAGAAGAGUAA